CCUGGGGGGGGACGCGCCUCCCUGUGUCGCACUUGGUUCCUCCCAGUAGAAGUCGGUGCCGGACUCAGGAAUCUGCCCGCAAUCUGAUCCAGCGUAUCGUCUGUCCCUUCAGGGAUUCGGGGCUUCUCUUCUGCUCGGGAAAGCGACUCCGCUGGCACUGGGACCCCCCGGCAGGGAGUGGGGAUCCCUUAUCCGUCCGGGGAGAAUAGGAGCGGAGCCCCCAGCCUGUUGCCCCCCAGUGACUGGAGAAGGAGUGAGGGGGUUCUCUAUGUGUUUGGUGGGAUGAUCGACUCAGCAGCGAACCAAGAAAGCACCCCCCUGUGGAUGUACGCCAUUGAUGCACGGAUGUGGUAUAUGGGGAAACCGCCCCGGUGUAAGGGGAAAUCGCCGACAAACAGAAAGGGCCACAGCGCGGUUCUGCACCAGAGCUCCAUGUUUAUCUAUGGGGGGUACUUUGAUCUGAAGGGGGCCGUGGGAGAGUUCUGGGCUUUCGCAUUGGACACAGAGAACUGGUCGGCGCUCAGUCCCAGCACACGUGGGUCGGGCCCCGGGCCCCGGCACGGACACACAGCGGCCACGUAUAAUGGUGCAAUGUAUCUCUUCGGGGGGCUGAAGCACAUGGCCGAGCAGAACGAUCUCUGGCGCUUUGACUUCAGGAGGCACAACUGGGCCAGUAUCAGAACCAGCUCAGGCCCCCCCAAAUUAGUGGGGCACGGCUCGCUGGUCCAUCAGAACUGCCUGUGGGUAGUCGGGGGGGGACUGGCAUCCCGCAAUCCCAGCAGCCACCUGUGGAAAUACCAUUUCAACUCCCGGACGUGGAAGAAAAUCUGCCAGAGGAAGGAGAGCAGCCAUCUUGGGAAGAUUUACCAUUCAGUUACGGGGGUGAGCAGCCGGGCCCCGCAGGACCCUGGGAUUUCCCAUCAGCCCCUCUGUGUGGGGGAAAAAGGAACAUUAAUGCCCAGGGUGCCCGCGGGCAAACGUCUCAGCUCCUGGGCCUCCAACAGAGCGGGUUCUGGAACUGAGGACAUAGAGAUGGAGACAUUGAAGCAGUUCCCCGACCCGAUGUUCUGCUCCUGUGGCCCCCGGGGCCCCUCGGACGAGCAGCACCUCCUGUCCCACUGUGAGAGCGGCCUAUUCACCAGCACCGGGGAUGUAACCGGGCACUGCCAGUCCAACGAGUCACUGCCAGGGGGCGACAGCGAGGACUUCAUUCUGAUCAUUGGGGGGAAACCCCUGUCCCGACCCAGUGUCAUAUCUGUGUGCCAACUGAAACUGGGGCAGGCCUGAGUGUGAGUGCUCACUCACUGAGUAAAAUCUGCUGCUCCAGUACUGACCCAGGUACAGAGCUCUGAUUCUCUGUACUUCCUGCUCCUGGGCUGCUCUCUUUCCCAUGGUCAGGCAGGAACCUCCC